CUCAGCAUGGUCCUGGAGCUCUACAUGGACCUGCUGUCGGCACCCUGCCGCGCUGUCUACAUCUUCGCCAGGAAGAACGGCAUCCCCUUCGACUUCCAGUUUGUGGAUCUGCUGAAAGGUCACCACCACAGCAGGGAAUACAUCGAGAUCAACCCUCUGAGGAAGCUGCCCAGCCUCAAAGAUGGAAAUUUUAUCUUGUCCGAAAGUGUGGCCAUCCUUUUAUACCUGUGCCGCAAGUACAGCGCCCCCUCGCACUGGUACCCACCAGAUCUGCACAUGCGCGCCCGUGUGGACGAGUUCAUGGCCUGGCAACACACGGCCCUUCAGCUGCCCAUGAGCAAGAUCCUCUGGAUCAAGUUGCUGAUCCCAAUGAUUACAGGUGAGGAGGUUCCAGCCCAGAAGACAGAGCAGAUGCUGGAAGAGGUGAAAAACAACCUGCAGCUGUUCGAGGAGAAGUUUCUGCAGGACAGGCUGUUCAUCACUGGGGACCACAUCUCACUGGCCGACUUGGUGGCCCUUGUGGAGAUGAUGCAGCCCAUGGGGGGCAACCAUAAUGUCUUCCUCAACAGCUCCAAGCUGGCUGAGUGGCGCAUGCGGGUAGAGCUGGCCAUUGGCACUGGCCUCUUUUGGGAGGCCCACGACCGGCUGGUGAAGUUGGAAGAAUGGGACUGUUCAACAUUGAAUCCAAUGGUCAAGGAGAGGAUCUGUGAGUUUCUGCAGAAGUACAAGUGA